AUGUCAUUCGACGUUAGAGAAGUCCUAAAUUUACCAGAAAGACAAUCGAAUUCAGGAGUUCCUCCUCCAAAAAGAUAUAAACCUGACUCGUCAACUCGCCGUCUAGACGGAAUGCAGCGUGAACUAUAUAGUCUAUUAGGGGAGAAUACACCACCUGUUGUGGUAUUUGAGAAUAGAUUUAAAGAAAGGCCAACCUGGAACCAGAAAGCUGUUCCUUGGUCUUUAGUUCCUUUUAGAAACCCUGCAAGAAAUGAUGGAUUAGAACUGUAUCAUUGGGUUUUAGGAAAACAUCAACAUGAUAACGAAGACUAUACGUUUGCAAAAUACAACCAAAAGCUCACGAUUCCUCAAUUCACCAAAGAGGAACAUGACGAAUUUUUACGAGAUCCAGAAUGGAGUUACGAUGAAACGCGAUAUUUAUUUGAUCUCUGUGAUAUAUAUGGCUUGAGAUGGAUUGUCAUUCAUGACAGAUAUUACUUUCCAAGAUCAAAUCAUGAACUGAAAGACAUCAAGAAAGAUGAAGGAGAAUUACUUUUACAAGUUACGGAUCCUGAGUUAAUUUCUGGAUCUGCAUCUAUUGAAUCUAAAACUAAUGAAGACAAAGUGAUAGAAGAGGUAUCAAAAGUUAACCCAGUAAACAUUUUAUCAGAUAAACAUUUAGAGCCAACUGAGUCAAUAAAGCCAGCUCCAAUAUUUGAAACUCCUUCAGGGUCUCGAACAAUUGAAGAUCUUAAGGCAAGGUUUUAUGAUGUCAGCAGAAAGGUUUUAAAGUUUCGGCAUGCCAGAGGAGAUGCAAUGGGACCUACUGAAGAUGAAUUAUAUAAACAGAUGAAAUAUUCUAAAGAAAGCGAAGUAAAAAGGAAGCAACAUUUAGAAAGCCUUCUCUCUCGAACUCCAGCUGAAAUUGCGGAAGAAGAAGCUUUAGUAUUAGAAUCGAGAAAACUUGAAACUGCUGCAGAAUUGAUGCUACUGGAACGAGCAGAGAUUUUGAGGGUAUUGGAUGCGCCGGUAACAGCAGGAAAAAUAAAUGAAUUUCAAACAUCACAAGAGUUGGCGCAAUUGACUGCACAAUUAAUGUCGGAUAAAAGUAAAAAACGAAAAGAUUUAUCCAUACCUACUCCAGGACCAGAUCCACAAUUACAGCAACUCCAAAACGCUCAUCAACUACAACAACAGGCAAUGCAUAAUCAAGCUACCGCACAAGGUAUACAACAAACCAACCAACUUCAUUCUCACACCCAGCUACAGCCACAAAGUCUGAUGGAUCAGAAAGCAGCAUCAGAUUCUCGAAGAGGAACUAAAGUAAAAAAUGAAUUAGACGAUUCAGUACAAUCUACAAAUACCAAAGGAACAAAAAAAGGGAAUAUCAAGAAAGAUAAAGAUCUAAAUAAAAAGACUCCUCUUACAGGGUCUAGUGCAAUUGCUGCAGCAAUCCAUAGGAAACUCUCAUCUAAAGAAGAAGCAGCGUACGGUUUGUCUUACCACGAUAAACUAAGUACUGGAGUUUAUUUGAGAUCUUCUAAGAUUACGACUUACAAGCAAGCUUUGCAAUCUAAGAUUCAUCAGGUGUUAGCUGAGCUUGGAAUUUCGGCAAGACCUAUAAUGCCGACAGCUAAGGUGACAGCUAAGUUUGACUCACUUCAGCAAUCGAUCAGUGUAUUACUGGAAACAAAAAAGCAAGCAGAUAAACUUGAAACUGAGAUUCAAGUUUUAAGGACCCAAAGGGCAUAUAACUCCAGUUUAAAUAAUGAAAGUAUACAGUAA